UCACUCUCAGCCGACUUCGACAAAGUGCGCGCGGCGCAGGCGGAGCGCAACGCCUCUUCAGGUAAAAAGAACCUCAUGGACACGUCGAGCCAGCGCAAUAACUCCGAUAAGGCGUCGCUCACGAAAGCCUUCGACCGCGACCUCUACGAUGAUGACGACAGAUCGAAGUACAAUACCUCAAUUGCCGUCAACGAUGAGGACGAUGAUAUGCUGGACGCGGAGGAUGAUGGAGAAGGUGGAAGAUUGGUUGGCCAGUACACAGCGACCGCUGCCCAAAUAGGGGAGUGGGCGCAUGGCGAGACUGAGGAGGCCGAUAUUCUGGAAAGUCGAGAGAAGCAGGCACAGAUUGCGAGUCGAGAGACGGAUUAUCAAAAACAGCGCUUCAAGCGUGGACUCGACGGCGAUGGAGAGAAGACAUACAAGGAGGUCAUGGCAGAGCGAGAGCUGCAGCGGGAAGAGGAGCGCGUAAAGAGGCUGAUUCAGGAGAAGGAAAAGGAGCAGAUUGCGGCCGACAGCGACAGUGAUAUGGAGGAUGUGGAACAUCAGGCUACGUUGACGGAAGGCAAUGGUGCGGGCAAGGACUCGGACUCGGACGAUUCUUCCGACGAAGACGAGAAGGCCAACGGCAAAUCCACAGCGGAGAGGAAGAAGCGGAGAUGGGACGAUGAGGGAAAGACCAAUGGUGAUGCGAACGGCACAUCUGAGGGCACAAACGGCGCAUCGAAUCGGAAGAAGUCACGCUGGGACUCAUCUGCAGAGGCGAGCUCCGAGCAGAAUGGUGUCAAGAAGACAUCUCGAUGGGACGCUACCGCGGAGCCCGAAGCCAAGAGCGGCAAGAAGUCAUCACGAUGGGAUCAAGUCACCGGGGACGACGCCGAGGAGGAGGAUACCACGGAGGUUGCAUUGCCAGUUGCGCCGGGCUUCGGCGCCGAUGCUGGUGGACCGAAUGCCUUUCAAUCGGACGAAGAGCUGGAUGCGAUACUGCCCAAGGAAGGGUACAAAAUCUUGCAGCCGCCUUCGACCUACAAGCCUACCCUGACUCGGCGUGGUGGAGGCUUCAUGAACCAGCAAUCGGUCGACCCGCGCUCGAUGGCCAAGCAGCUUCCUUCAGAAAUUCCUGGCGUGGGAGAUCUUCAAUUUUUCAAAGCUGAAGAUAUGGCUUACUUUGGGAAGCUGGUUGACGGUGUGGAUGAGAACGAGCUGAGUGUGGAGGAGUUGAAACAGCGCAAGAUCAUGCGUCUGCUUCUUAAGGUCAAGAACGGUACUCCGCCGAUGAGGAAGACUGCGCUUCGUCAAUUGACGGACAAUGCGCGCACAUUUGGCGCCGGGCCUCUCUUCGAUCAAAUCCUGCCGCUGCUGAUGGAGAAGAGUCUCGAAGAUCAGGAGCGACAUUUGCUCGUCAAGGUCAUCGAUCGUGUUCUCUACAAGCUGGACGACCUGGUCCGGCCAUAUGUCCACAAGAUUCUCGUCGUCAUUGAGCCUUUGCUCAUUGAUCAAGAUUACUACGCUCGAGUCGAAGGUCGCGAAAUCAUCUCAAACUUGGCUAAGGCCGCCGGACUUGCCCACAUGAUCGGCACAAUGAGACCAGAUAUCGAUCACGUCGACGAGUACGUGCGGAACACCACAGCUCGAGCAUUCGCUGUCGUUGCGUCAGCUUUGGGUAUCCCGACUCUUCUGCCUUUCUUGCGAGCUGUCUGCAAGAGCAAGAAGUCAUGGCAAGCGCGACACACUGGUGUGAAGAUCGUGCAGCAGAUUCCCAUUCUCAUGGGUUGCGCCGUGCUUCCUCAUCUUAACGGCUUGGUGGAGUGCAUCGGCGAGAAUCUCAACGACGAGCAGGCCAAGGUCCGCACAGUCACAGCGUUGGCAAUCGCCGCAUUGGCCGAAGCCUCCAACCCAUUCGGUAUCGAGAGCUUCGACGAUAUUCUCAAUCCUCUUUGGACUGGUGCGCGUAAGCAACGUGGAAAGGGUCUCGCUGGUUUCCUCAAAGCUGUUGGAUACCUCAUCCCUUUGAUGGACGAGGAAUACUCAAACUACUACACCAGCCAGAUCAUGGAGAUUCUGCUACGCGAGUUCCAAAGUCCUGAUGAGGAGAUGAAGAAGGUCGUGCUCAAGGUCGUCAGUCAAGCUGCAGGCGGAAGUGGUGUCACAGCUGCGUACCUGAAAGAGAACGUCCUGGAUGGUUUUUUCAAGAGCUUCUGGGUACGAAGAAUGGCUAUCGAUAAGCGCAACUACAAGCAGGUCGUCGAAACCACGGUCGAUCUUGGCAACAAGGUCGGCGUGGGUGAGAUCGUUGAGCGCAUCGUUGGCAACCUCAAGGACGAGAGCGAAGCCUACCGCAAGAUGACUGUCGAGACGAUCGAGAAGGUUAUUUCUGCCAUGGGGGCUGCAGACAUCAACGAGCGUCUUGAAGAACGUCUCGUGGAUGGCAUCUUGCACUCCUUCCAAGAACAAAGCGUCGAAGACAUUGUACUGCUCAACGGAUUCGGCACUGUCGUCACGGCUCUCGGAACUCGCUGCAAGCCCUACCUGCCACAAAUCGUCAGCACCAUCCUUUGGCGUCUGAACAACAAGUCUCCCACAGUGCGCCAGCAAGCUGCGGAUCUCAUCACCCGAAUUGCGAUUGUGCUCAAGCAGUGCGACGAGGAUGGUCUGCUGGGCAAGCUUGGCUCUGUGCUCUACGAAUACCUUGGCGAGGAGUACCCCGAUGUGCUGGGAAGUAUCCUUGGAGCCAUGAGGAGUAUUGUAUCAGUCGUUGGAAUCAGCAUGAUGCAGCCGCCUAUCAAGGAUCUGCUCCCACGUCUGACACCUAUCCUCAAGAACAGACACGAGAAGGUGCAAGAGAACACCAUCGAUCUCGUGGGACGCAUUGCUGAUCGUGGACCGGAAUCUGUCAACGCUCGCGAAUGGAUGAGAAUCUGUUUCGAGCUUCUCGACAUGCUCAAGGCCCACAAGAAGGGGAUCCGGCGCGCAGCCAACAACACAUUCGGUUUCAUCGCCAAAGCCAUCGGACCUCAAGAUGUGUUGGCAACCCUGCUCAACAACCUCCGCGUCUUGGAUCGUCAGUCAAGAGUGUGUACAGCUGUGGCUAUCGGCAUCGUGGCCGAGACUUGCGCACCGUUCACUGUGCUGCCGGCGCUGAUGAACGAAUACCGCGUCCCGGAGCUGAACGUGCAAAACGGUGUUCUCAAAGCGCUCUCCUUCCUCUUCGAGUACAUCGGCGAGAUGGGCAAAGACUACGUCUACGCCGUUGUGCCACUCUUGGAGGACGCACUCAUCGACCGUGACCAAGUGCAUCGGCAAACAGCCGCCAGCGUCGUCAAGCACGUCGCUCUCGGCGUGGUCGGUCUUGGAUGCGAAGACGCCAUGAUGCACCUGCUCAACCUCCUCUGGCCCAACAUCUUCGAGACCAGCCCUCACGUGAUCGAUCGCAUCAUUGAGGCCAUCGACUCCAUUCGUCUGUGUGUCGGCACGGGCGCGACCAUGAACUACGUCUGGGCGGGACUCUUUCAUCCUGCAAGACGAGUGCGCACGCCGUACUGGAGACUGUACAACGAUGCUUACGUGCAGAGUGCGGAUGCCAUGGUGCCGUACUAUCCGGCUGUCGAUGAUGAUCAGAUGAAGAGGCCGGAGUUGAUGAUUGUGCUUUAAGGAGAUCAGCAUGCAUGGAGAGUCGGGAAGGAUAGCUGAAAAUGGGAUCUGGGCAUGGUGGAGUUUCGGAGGGCUUGUGUAUGAGCAAAUGGAUCCGGCGCAAAGUGCGUGCAGUCGUCGGAACUGCUUCAUCUGU